AUGAAAAUUUACUUAUUCUGUCUCUUCUUCGGUUUCCUAAAGGCCUCCGAUCCAAGGCUGGAAACGUAUGAUGUUGGCGGAAACACGAUAUCUAUUUCUGGAAUUUCUUCUGGAGCAGCUAUGGCAACACAGAUGCACGUGAUCAAUUCGGAAAGGAUAAUGGGAGCAGGAAUUAUAGCGGGAGUUCCAUUCGCCUGCUCCGGAGGCACCAUAGCUGGGGCCUCCGCCUGUAUGCUGACGCCGUCCAUGGAAUCGGUUACAUCUUUGGAACUUUUAGUGUCUUCGGGAUCUUUUCUUGGUAAUGUGGACUCGACAUCAAAUCUACGACUCGACAAAGUGUACAUAUUUAGUGGCACCUCGGACUCCGUGGUCAAGCAUGGAAAUGGUCCAAAUGUUGCUCAUUUUUACCAGCACUAUAUCUCCGACAAUACCAACAUAAAGACUGUAUUCGACAUGGCUGCAGAACACUGCAUGCCAACUGAUAACUAUGGGGGCAGAUGUGAUAUCCUUUCAGAGUCCAAUGGUUACCUUAACAACUGCGGUUACAGCGCCGCCUAUGAUCUACUUAAUCACAUCUAUGGCGGCAAUUUGAAGAGAACCGGAAAUGAUUCGUCCGUCUCCGGAAACCUGCUGAAAUUUGACCAGACCGAAUUUUUCCACCUGUCACACCCUUCUACAUACAGCAUGGACAACACCGGAUAUGUAUAUGUACCGGAAGUGUGUUCACAGAGAAUCAUGGAUUGCAGGCUGCACGUGGCUCUCCACGGCUGUGGUAUGGGCAGGAAAGCUAUUGGAGAGAUAUACGUACGUCACGCCGGAUAUAAUGAAGUGGCAGAAAUCAACAAUGUCAUCAUCCUGUACCCCCAGGUUAUCUCCACCCUGACUAACCCUAAAGGGUGCUGGGACUGGUGGGGAUACACGGGCGCCUAUUUCGCAACAAAACAUGGUGUCCAGAUCACAGCCCUCAGGAGAAUGAUAGAGAGAGUCAGCGGCUAUUAA